AUGCCUGAGGCACCCAGAGACUACAACCUCUUUGAACAGAACAAGAAAACUCUUGAGUUCAUAGAGGAAGUCACUGCAAACGCUGAUCAAGUCCAGAAGAAGGUCCUCUCAGAAAUUCUCUCCAACAAUGCAAACGUUGAAUACCUGAAAAGACAUGGUCUCAAUGGCCACACAGACCGUGACACCUUCAAGAAACUCUUGCCUGCAAUAACAUACGAGGAUAUCCAACCUGACAUCAACCGCAUCGCCAAUGGUGACACUUCACCAAUCCUAUGCUCCAAGGCCAUUUCAGAGUUUCUCACUAGCUCUGGGACAUCUGGGGGUGAGAGAAAGUUGAUGCCAACAAUUGAAGAAGAACUUGGGAGGAGGAGUUUGCUGUAUAGUCUUUUGAUGCCUGUGAUGAGCCAGUUUGUUCCUGGCCUAGAAAAAGGGAAAGGAAUGUACCUAAUGUUCAUAAAAUCUGAGGCUAAAACACCUGGUGGGAUUGUGGCUCGUCCAGUUCUGACCAGCUAUUACAAGAGUUCCUAUUUUAGAGACAGACCCUAUGACCCUUACACAAACUAUACUAGCCCAAAUGAGACUGUCCUGUGUCCCGAUUCUUACCAAAGCAUGUAUUCCCAAUUGCUUUGUGGUCUUUGUCAAAACAAAGAGGUGCUAAGGGUUGGGGCUGUUUUUGCCUCUGGCUUCAUAAGGGCAAUUAGGUUCCUUGAGAAACACUGGGCCCUUCUUUGCAAUGAUAUUAGAACUGGAACCAUUAACCCCCAAAUCACUGACACCUCAGUGAGAGAUGCUGUCAUGAAGAUCCUGAAACCUGAUCCUAAGCUUGCAGAUUUUAUUCAAACUGAGUGUAGCAAGAGUUAUUGGCAGGGGAUAAUCACCAGGUUGUGGCCCAAUACCAAGUAUGUGGAUGUUAUUGUGACUGGGACAAUGUCACAGUACAUCCCCACAUUGGAUUACUAUAGCAAUGGAUUACCACUUGUGUGCACUAUGUAUGCUUCAAGUGAAUGCUACUUUGGGGUCAACCUCAAUCCUCUUUGCAAACCCAGUGAGGUCUCUUACACUCUCAUCCCUACCAUGUGUUACUAUGAGUUCUUACCUGUGAACAGAAGCAAUGGGGUCACUGAUUCUCUUCAGACACCCAAAUCUCUCAAUGAGAAAGAGCAGAAAGAAUUGGUUGAGCUUGUUGAUGUCAAGCUUGGCCAAGAAUAUGAGCUUGUAGUCACAACUUAUGCCGGACUAUAUCGUUACAGAGUUGGUGAUGUGCUGAGGGUAGCAGGAUUCAAGAACAAAGCACCUCAAUUCAACUUCGUUUGUAGAAAAAAUGUUGUCUUGAGCAUAGAUUCAGACAAGACUGAUGAAGUUGAGCUUCAGAAUGCAAUGAAGAAUGCUGUGACACACUUGGUGCCAUUUGAUGCAGCUGUGGCUGAGUACACUAGCUAUGCAGAUACAACAACAAUCCCAGGACACUAUGUGCUGUAUUGGGAACUCAACCUUAAUGGGACAACCCCAAUUCCUCCCUGUGUGUUUGAGGAUUGCUGCUUAGCCAUUGAGGAAUCACUCAACAGUGUGUAUCGCCAAGGCCGUGUCUCAGACAAAUCAAUUGGGCCACUUGAGAUCAAGAUUGUUGAACAGGGUACCUUUGACAAGCUUAUGGACUAUGCCAUAAGCUUAGGGGCAUCAAUAAACCAGUACAAAACCCCAAGAUGUGUGAAGUUUGCACCUGUUGUGGAGCUGUUGAACUCAAGGGUAAUGUCAAGCUAUUUUAGUCCUAAAUGUCCAAAAUGGGUUCCAGGCCACAAGCAAUGGAUCAAUCAGAAUUGAAGAAUCUAAAGGUGGACAUUAUUAUGUGGUUGGUAGCUUUUCAUGGCGGUUCACGUGAACUGUUUUUGUGGACAUGUUAGGGAGAAAAGUUAAUUACUCUUUUUAGGUUAAUUCUACUUAUUUAGUU